AUGGAGAGGGCGCCGCCCGCUGAGCCGGAUCAUCAAAACGGAGAAGUGGCAGACAUAGCAGUUCACCUUGCACCAGCCGACGAUCUGGGACAAGGCCCUGUUGAGGACUCGAUGUCGGCGUGGCGGUCCCGCCACCGCCAGUGCAUGGAGACUCUCGUGCGACAAGAGUGUGAUCGAGAGCGCACUCCCGGCGUGAAGCCGCCACUUUCCACCUCUCUUGAGCAUGGCACUUGGGCCAGGAUCGAAGCGGAGGCCAAAGUAACACGCCUCCUGGACAUAGUCCAUUCUAUCACGCGUGGGACGAGGGUGGAGCAGUUGGAUUUGGAGGUCGCCAGGCUCUCAGUCAGGAGCCAGGUCUUGAAGGAGAACGCAGAGAAGCACGAAGCGCAAAUGCGUGCGAUGGUGGAGGAGAAGAACGAGUUGAAGCGUCGUUACGACGAGCUCCUGACUCACAGCGAGCGCUUGCAUGAGGAGAAAACGAGCUUGAAACAGAAGUGUGACGACCAGUAUCAGCAGCUGGAGAAGCUGCACCUGGAGCGCCUGGAGGAGGGCCUUAGGGAAAUGCUCCGGCUCAAAGGAAUGGAAGAAGAGGAGUGGAUGCAGGAGACUGCAACCGGCUCCUCCCGAGCAGAGGAAUCGGCGGAGGAGAGCUCGGUGCUGUCGAGCGAAGAAGCAUCGAACGCCAAGGAUCAGGAAGGCUCUGACUCAGUGCCUAUGCCACUGAAUCAUCUUCCAGAGCCGGUUGAUCCAUCAUUGCACACCGGAGUGGAUCUCCCAGAGAAAACCGCAGAGCAGCAUCGAAUGGAAGACGAGGAGUCGCUGCAGGAGACUGCAGUCGGUUCUUCCCCCGAAGAGGAGAGUUCGGUGCUGUCAACUGAAGAAGUUAUGCACCCCGCGGAUCAGGAAGGCCCUGACUCAGUGCCUACGCCACUGAAUCAUCUUCCGGAGCCAGUUGAUCCAACAAUGCACACAGGAGUGAAUCUGCUGAGCAGCUCCUUCCUUCCUUUCGGACUGCGCGCUGGUUGGCUCCACGGCAGAGCAGUCACAAUCUGA